GUAUAAUCUAGAGCUCAACUCCUUUUUACAAACUUUCACAAGGGAUUACGUCUUUACCUACGUCUGUACCUACUUCCUCUUCAUCUGCGAAUCUGCUCCUAGAAAUUGCGGAGAGAUGCAAGACUUUUUUCAUUAAUUUAUUCUUUCUUCGUUUCUUCGACAUUCCCUACAAGUUCUUCAGGUUGUGACUUUUGACUUUCGAAAGCUGCAUCAUCAACCCGGACCACAAACAUUAACCUCAUCCCACCGCAGAUCAUAGAUUAUUGAAGGUUACUUUGGGAAAUACGUAACUCGGAGGGACAACGCUUUUUCUUUCGGAGCCUCUCGCACCCAUUCGAGAUGGCUUCCAACAAGGCAGCUGUUGCUUCUGGCGCAGAUCAUGCUCAAACAACUCGUCGACGUAAUGUACCAUCAUCCAAUGGUAGUCUUGUAGACACGGUGGAGAUAGACGACAAGAAGACACAAGUCAAGAAGGUGAGCAAACCUUAUGAGUUUUUCUGCAAUGUCUUUAGGAGGUAGAGACUGAUUACAAUUAAUUCACGGCAGGGAAAGAAUUCUAUAGUACAGUUCCUUGAUGAGUGGGAGUUCUUAAUUGCUCCAUUAAUUUUCACAAUAUUCGCAUUCUUCACUAGAUUAUACAAGAUAGGCCUUUCACCUAUUGUUACCUGGGAUGAAGCCCAGUAAGCAUAUUCUUUAUAUUCAAGACCUGAACAUUUUGGACUGAUCAUGUCGGGUGUAGUUUUGGGAAAUUUGGAUCUCACUACCUCAAACGCGAAUUCUACUUCGAUGUCCACCCUCCUCUUGGAAAGAUGUUGGUUGGCCUUUCCGGAUAUCUUGCAGGUUACAACGGCACUUUUGAGUUUAAGUCUGGGGACCAAUACCCCGAGGAAAUCAAUUACACCUUUAUGCGUGCCUUCAACGCCUUCUUCGGUGCCGUCACGAUUCCUUUGGCUUACUUUACUGCUCGCGAAUUGAACUUCAAGAGACCGGCUGUAUGGUUUGUUACAUUGAUGGUCCUCUGCGAAAACUCCUACACUACCAUCAGUCGCUUCAUUCUCUUGGAUUCUAUGCUUUUAUGCUUUACAUUCACCACAGUUCUCUGCUGGGCUAGAUUUCACAAUCUUCAAAACCAAAGUUGGACCGUAGAAUGGCUCGUCUGGCUUUUCUUGACUGGUUUAAGUAUUGGAUGUGUUUGCAGUGUAAAAAUGGUCGGCCUCUUCUGCACAGCCAUGGUUGGAAUUUACACAAUUGAAGAUUUAUGGAACAAGUUCGGCAAUACCAAAAUGCCAAAGGUAAAAAAAGCCUAAUUGCUCUUUCGGUUUGUUGACUUGCUGAUGUAUCUCUAGGUCGAGCUUGCGGCGCAUCUCGCUAUCAGAGUCCUUACUCUGAUCGUCAUUCCCGUACUCGUGUACAUGUUAUCUUUUGCUAUCCACUUCUACGUCUUGGAAAACAGCGGACCCGGUGAUGCUCAAAUGAGCUCCUUAUUUCAGGCCAAUUUGAGAGGAACUGAAGUUGGGAAAGAUAGUCCGCUUGAGAUUGCGUAUGGAUCUCGAGCGACGAUCAAGAAUAUGGGAUACGGCGGUGGUCUUCUUCAUUCCCACGUUCAGACCUAUCCUGAAGGAUCGAAUCAACAGCAAAUUACUUGCUACCACCACAAAGAUGCUAACAACGAGUGGUGGUUCUACCCUAAUCGUUCUCAACCAGAAUUUGACCCAGAGGCACCGCUUAGAUAUGUUGCCAAUGGCGAUGUUCUACGCCUCGUUCAUUCACAAACUGGCCGCAACCUUCAUUCACAUGAUGUAUCGGCACCUAUUACUAAGGCCGACAAGGAAGUCUCGUGUUAUGGAAAUACCACUGUUGGUGAUGACAAAGAUCACUGGACCAUGGAAGUCGUUAAGGAUGUUUCCUCAAAUGACCGAACCAAAAUUAGGACCUUGACUACUGCCUUCCGACUCAAGCACACUUCUUUAGGAUGCUACUUACGAGCUGGCAAUGUUAACCUGCCACAAUGGGGUUUCAAGCAAAUCGAAGUCACUUGUACUAAAGAUAAUAAUCCCAAGGAUGUUUACACUCAUUGGAACGUGGAAGCUCACUGGAACGAGAAAUGUAUGUUGAUUGUAUCGAUUGAUGAAGAGCCUACUGACCACAUUUAUAGUGCCUGCUGCUGAUGCUGGAGCUUAUAAGUCUCCUUUCAUUCACGACUUUAUUCAUCUGAACGUUGCCAUGAUGACCUCAAAUAAUGCACUUGUGCCAGACCCUGACAAGCAGGAUGAUCUAGCUUCUUAUUUCUGGCAAUGGCCAAUCCUUAAUGUAGGAUUAAGAAUGUGUGGAUGGGAUGACAAUAUAGUCAAAUAUUUCCUUCUUGGGAAUCCUCUCGUAUACUGGGGCUCUACUGCCUCCCUUGGUGUCCUCGGUGUCCUUGUUCUCUGGUACCUCAUUAGAUGGCAGCGUGGAUACGGCGAGCUCAGCCAGAAGGACAUUGAUCAAAUUCAUUAUGCUGGUCUGUACCCAGUUCUCGGAUGGGUCCUUCACUACCUGCCAUUUGUCGCCAUGGCUCGUGUCACUUACGUUCAUCAUUACUAUCCAGCACUCUAUUUCGCCAUCUUGACUUUUGGUUUCUGCUCGGAUUGGAUGCUGAGGAACCAAGCUAAGACUUUGCAGUAUGCUAUCUAUGGUGUUUUGUAUGGCUUGACGAUUGCACUUUAUAUCUUCUUUAUUCCUAUCUCCUGGGGUAUGUCGGGACCUAAUAAGGAAUAUUCCAGGUUAAAGUGGUUCGAUAGCUGGAGAGUUACGGAUUAAAGAGGACGCAUUUUGACUGAUGCAUAAAUGGAGUCCUUCAUGUAAGAGAGACAAUGGUUCAAAGUUGAAGGUGAAUGGAUGGAUGGAUGGAUGGAUUACAAUCUUAUCUUGUGGGCAAAGGAUGGGUGUCGAAAGGGAAAUCUGGAAAAGGAAAAUUUCGCAUAGUGAGGUAGAUGGCAUACCUGAUUCUGAUACGAAUUUCUGCUUUACUUCACGGAUACAUAUGUGUAACAAAAUCUCGAAUUUUCAUCUACUGUCUUUUAUUUUGCAGAGCUUCAAUGUGUAGUUGUAUUGUAUGUCUGUGUUUUACCAAAGGUCAUCUUCAUGGUUAGGUAGGCGUGUGGGUGGAUAAUCCUAAAAAGGGAUGG